AUGGAUAUUAAGCCAGUAUUGUCGUGCCCCGAGAUCGAAGUCGGAGGGAAUUAUUUUGUUAAGCAAAAGACAAAUGACUUCCGCCCAGCUGUUGUUCUUGAGAACCGAAUUAAUUCUGUUACUGGAGUUCUUGAAUGCUAUGUUCAUUACGAAUCUACUGAUCAUCGUUUGGAUGAGUGGGUUAACGCUGAUUGCGUUGAAUCGCGUUCUGCAACUGAACCAUCCACAUCGGUAAAUUUUUAUUUAAUUAUCCUUAGAUUAGGGCUACUUUUACUUGAAAGCGUUGCUUCGUCUGGUAUAUUCUCCUUUUACUUCCAGGGCUCGAAAGUGAAGCGAAUAGAAAAAAUAAUAUAUGGAGAUUAUUUAAUUCACACCUGGUAUCAUUCUCCAUAUCCUAAAGAGUACGAAGAUUGUACAAUUCUUUAUGUCUGCGAUCACUGCCUGAAGUAUAUGAUGUACGACUAUACAUACGUGAAACACCGCCGUGACUGCAGACGUAUACAUCCUCCAGGCAAAGAAAUUUAUCGUGAUGGGUCCUUCGUUUUAUACGAGGUUCACGGAAACCAUGCACGAGCUAAGGUUCCCCCUACACCUUACUGUCAGUGCUUAUGUUAUUUGGCGAAGCUUUUUAUCGACCAAAAGACCAUAUUUUGCGACCUCGAUAGCUUUAUGUUCUACGUGCUGUGCGAAGACCAAAAGUCAUCUAUGGUAGGAUAUUUUUCAAAAGAAACGGGGAAUAUCGAUGAUUAUAAUUUAGCUUGCAUAUGUAUUUUGCCUCCUUUCCAAAGAACUGGUUACGGAAAACUGCUAAUUCAAUUCAGUUAUGAGCUAUCGAGACGCGAGGGCAUUGUGGGUUCUCCUGAAAAGCCUCUUAGUGACCUUGGGAAGUACAGUUAUCAGUCAUAUUGGUCUUGGGCUCUAUUAGAGGUUUUGAAAAGAACUAAGAAGAUCACUUUAGAAGAGUUAAGCAAGACGACUGGUAUCCAUGAAGAUGAUAUUGUUGCCUGUCUGACAGACUUGCAUAUGACAAAGUAUUGGAAGGGAACUCCUUGGCUUCGUAUUACAAAAACGGCGGUUGAGAAAUGUUAUCGUAAUGGAGUGGUCAAGAAACCGCGAAUAGUGUUGAAGCCUAAUUUACUACACUGGAAGGCACCGCAGUUUUUAUUUAGCUCUAGAACCCUUGAUUUGCUUUAG